CAAGCUGGCGGAAUUCAAUAUGGCAUCCGGGGAAACGCUGUAUAUAGAAACCGAUGGCUCGGAGAUGCCGGCUGAGAUAGUCGAACUUCACGAAAUUGAAGUGGAAACGAUUCCAGUGGAAACUAUAGAGACCACGGUGGUUGGAGGAGACGAUGACGACGAACAUCAGCCCAUGAUUGCCCUACAACCGCUAGUUACAGACGACCCAAGUCAGGUUCAUCACCACCAAGAAGUAAUCCUGGUGCAAACCCGAGAGGAGGUUGUUGGCGGAGACGACUCGGACCUCCGUGCGGACGAUGGGUUCGAGGACCAAAUUCUUAUACCGGUGCCUGCUCCCGGUGCUGAAGAGGAGUAUAUCGGACAGACUCUGGUUACCGUUGCAGGGAAAAGCUCUGUGGGGCGGAUGAAGAAGGGGGGAGGUAGUGGAAAGAAAGCGGGCAAAAAGAGCUAUUUAAGUGCUGCGGAAGCCACUGGAAGAAAGUGGGAACAGAAGCAGGUGCAAAUUAAAACGCUGGAAGGGGAAUUCUCCGUUACAAUGUGGGCAUCAGAUGACAAAAAGGACAUUGAUCACGAGACAGUGGUGGAGGAACAGAUCAUCGGUGAGAACUCACCUCCAGAUUAUUCAGAAUACAUGACUGGGAAAAAGCUCCCCCCAGGUGGCAUUCCAGGAAUUGACCUCUCAGAUCCCAAACAGCUGGCAGAGUUUGCCAGUAAUGAUGAUGGUUCCCUAGUUGAGACUGCAAUUAAAAUGAAGCCGCGCAAGAUCAAAGAGGAUGAUGCCCCCAGGACGAUAGCAUGCCCGCACAAAGGCUGCACUAAGAUGUUUAGAGACAAUUCAGCUAUGCGGAAGCACCUGCACACCCAUGGCCCGCGUGUCCACGUGUGCGCUGAGUGCGGUAAGGCCUUUGUGGAGAGUUCCAAACUGAAGCGCCAUCAGCUCGUUCACACCGGAGAGAAGCCUUUCCAGUGUACUUUUGAAGGCUGUGGAAAGCGCUUCUCCCUGGACUUUAAUCUGCGAACACACGUGCGCAUUCACACCGGAGACCGACCCUAUGUCUGCCCUUUCGAUGGCUGCAAUAAAAAGUUUGCUCAGUCCACCAACCUUAAAUCGCACAUCUUAACACAUGCAAAAGCCAAAAACAACCAAUGAGCACCUCCCGUCUGCCUGUGUCAUCCCAGAGCCCGCCUCAACACAACAGCAUCUUAACACUGGAGGAAUGAACCAUGUUCUUCUUUAGAUCUCCCAAAGGAAAAAAAAAAUGUGAUGUGAAGGAAUUUGGAUAAAAUAUGAUGAGGGUAUAAAGGCACAGAAAAAGCAAAAACUCUGCUUUUUUUCCAAGUUUUUCUCUCCCCCCUUCCCCCCAUAUAGAACAACUUCGUUACCCAAUUUCCAUCGCUGGAGCUCAGUCAGGGGGGACUUUGUUUGACCUGCCUGGCUCUUCACACUUGAUUUGAUGGCACGUUUCUGCCAUGCGGAUGGAACUCAUACACACUGAGCGAUAGACAGUGCUUUUUAUCACACAGGGCGAAAACAACAACAACAACGUUUGAACUGUCACUCCAUGUUUUGUUCUGUUUUCUUCUCUUCUUUUUUUUCCUUCCCAACUGAAAUCUCACCGGUCUGCAUAGAUGUAUAGCUUUUAAUUUUGUAUUCUCCAAGUGUGCAUAUUGUACACUUAAUUUUGGGAUAUGCUUAGUAACGCAACCUUGUGAUCAUUCUUUCUCCCUGAAGAUUUAAGGUUUUUUCCUCAUGACAGUUCUUCUUGGAAGAGGUGAUAAUAGUUACUGUAAAACAUUGCUUCAAAAGUAUUUUUAUGUAAAAAGUUUUUUUUUUUUCCUGUUUAAUCUCCCUCCCUUAUUUGGUUGUAAUCUAACCAUUGAAUUAUCUUGUGUAAGUGUAUUGUAUGGCUGUAUGGAGAUCAUGUAGAAGUGGACAGCACAGCGAGUAUGUGUGUUUAUCGCUUUAAAAUGUUUAGUCAUGAGUUGCAUUUCUUCUUUUUGCCGUGGAUUGUUGCCACAGGGAAAAGGAACAUUUAGUUCACUUUUUAAAACCAGUCUGUUAAACCACACAACCUGCAUUAAGAUAAGUGUGAUCUCUCAUUUUUCUUUGUUAGAAUGUAUUGUAAAGGCCUAAAACCAUGAAUUUGUUCCAUGAAUUUGUGACUUUUAUUCUUUGUUAAUAUUUACACCCUGUAUUUCAGUGAGCUUCAAUUAAAAAAAAAAGUGAU